AUGGGUGUCAUGGAAGAUCAAUUGCAGCGCCUCGGCAGCGUCCUCGACUCUCUUGAUGCCCGCGUAAAGAAGCUCGAGCAACAUCCCACCCUGGGCGGCUCUAGCACGGCGCAAGAGAUUCGCAUGAUCCUGAUAGGUCCUCCCGGUGCCGGCAAGGGCACCCAGGCCCCCAAGAUCAAGGAAAAGUUCAACUGCUGUCAUCUGGCUACCGGUGACAUGCUCCGCUCUCAAGUCGCCAAGAAGACUCCCCUCGGCCGCGAGGCCAAGAAGAUCAUGGACCAAGGUGGUUUGGUCAGCGACGAGAUCGUCAUUGGCAUGAUCAAGGAAGAGCUGGACACCAACGUCGAGUGUAAGGGAGGAUUCAUCCUUGAUGGCUUCCCCAGGACCGUGCCGCAAGCCCAGUCCCUCGACGCCAUGCUGCAGCAGCGCAACCAGAAGCUCCAGCACGCCGUUGAGCUGCAGAUCGACGACGCCCUGCUCGUCGCCCGCAUUACUGGCCGCCUCGUGCACCCGGCAUCGGGCCGCUCUUACCACACCACCUUCAACCCUCCCAAGAAGCCUAUGACUGACGACGUGACCGGCGAGCCGCUGAUCCAGCGUUCCGAUGACAAUGCCGAGGCCCUCAAGAAGCGCCUCGCUACCUACCACUCCCAGACUGCUCCCGUCGUCGACUACUACCGCAAGACUGGCAUCUGGAAGCCCGUCGACGCCUCCCAGGAGCCUGGUGCCGUUUGGAAGAGCUUGCUCAACAUAUUUGACGGCGACGCCAAGAAGGCCAACUCUGCAGGCGGCGGCAUCCUCGACAAGCUUGCCGCCUCGGGCCGUUAA